CAUGCGCAGUAGCGUCUCUGUUGCCUUCAAAGACGAUAGAACUCAUUCUUAUUCUCAAUAGCAUAAACAAUCAGCAGAGUCGAGUUCGACAAAUUAUCCGAUUCCAUUUUUUGCAAUUUAACCACCGCUUAACACAAAUUUUUUUCAAUUGUUUUUCCUGUUUUCCUCUCCUGGGCAAUAUUUUUCAUCAUAUCCAACGCGUUAGUUUUGUUGUUUUUAUUUUUCGUAUUCAAAAAUUAUUCCGCGAAACGUGUUCGUAUGUGUAUGAAUUUGUGCUGAAACGGGUGCGAUAUAUACGAAUUGGUUCGCAAUGAUUUUUAUGACAAAGAAAAUAGAAUAAGGUUAACUAUCGUCGUUGCGUGUACAUCGCGUUGCUCGUAAAUUAGGCUCAAAGGAAAUUAUUGAUUUAUCCAUAGUUAUCCUUAGUGCAUGUACUACUACUACUAACACUACUUCAAGCACAUCACCAGAAACGUGAAAUAUCAUCGAGUCGAAAUGAAAUAUUUUCUUCGUAUAAAUCAUCGAUGCAGUCAGUGCAUAAGAAAAAAAUAGAAACUAAUUAAAAACGGAAGCAGCGAGCGACACAAGGCAUCCACUCACACAAUAUAUACGUCGUAUAUUUGUUUUUGAUAUUGUUUUGUCCUCAUUGCAUACAUAUAUACUGAAUAUUUUAUCGAUUUGGUUUUGUACAUUGUCAAUAUGAGUGUGCUUCGAUUUGUUGGGUGUGUGGCCAUUGUAUUGUUUAUAUUGUAUGGAAGUAAUUAUGCAGCAGUUACUGCCCGCAAGGGAGUUGGACUAGUGUGUGCUGACUAUCAUGGUCCUCACUAUAAAGUUGAAUCAGACUCAUCGCAAAAUGACGAUGAGACUAGUGCCGAGUAUGAAGAUGUUAGCGAUAAAAGUGUUUUUAAGACUGAAAAGAUGAAAGAAAUGAAAUGUGAUAACGAAAAUUCGGUAUGUUAUGCCGUUUGGUACAUCGAUUCGAAUGGUACGCGUGUGAUACAAGCACAGGGAUGCUUGCAAGUCAUGUCGGAGAAUCAAACCAAGUGCGGAACGGAUCAAUGCAUAAAUGUUCGACCACAAUUGCCUCGUUACUGUUGCUGUACGGGCCAUAUGUGCAACGUAAACAUUACCGAGCGCACCAUCCCAGUCAUUGGCCCAAAAAUUUUCUCCAUCGAAAAUAAUGUGCCCGCUUCGUUUAACGAAACUUUUAUGUCAGCAUUAAAAUCGCAGCGCCUGUGGAUUGUUGUGCUGAUCAUUUCGAUACCGAUGAUUGUUAGUUUGGUGUAUGUGGCGCUUUGUCGAAGCGGCUUCACCAAACCGGAACCAAAAGUGUUAAGUGUACCAUCACCGAGUCCAAAAUACAGUUCUGAUCUAUUGAACGUUGACAAUUUGAAGUUGUGUUCGAUGAUUGGACAAGGCAAAUACGGGACCGUAUGGAAAGGAAUGAUAAAUGAGCAAACGGUUGCCGUGAAACUGUUUCCAGCGCAACACAAAGAUUUCUUUCUGAACGAAAAAGACAUUUAUUGCUUGCCAACAAUGGAUUCACCAUAUUUUUUGGAAUAUUUUGGUUGUGAUGAACGACGAACACUCGACGAUAAUAUCGAAUAUUUGCUAGUCUUGUCACUGGCACCGUUGGGAUGUCUACAAGAUUGGCUGGCACAAAAUACAGCUUCAUUCGAAGUGUACAUUAAAUUGGCUCGAUCGGUUGCCGGCGGACUGUCGCAUUUGCAUACAUCCGUCAAUUUGGGAAAUGUGAUCAAACCAUGUGUUGCCCAUCGUGAUUUCAAUUCAAGAAAUAUUCUCGUCAAAGCCGAUCUAUCGUGUUGCAUCUCGGAUUUUGGUUUUGCGCUGAAAACCUUCGGACCACGAUACGAAUGGAAGGGUAUCAUGACACUGGCCGAACACAAGAGCCUCAACGAAGUCGGCACAAUUCGUUAUAUGGCACCCGAAAUACUUGAAGGUGCAGUUAAUUUGCGUGAUUGCGAAACGGCAUUGAAACAAGUCGAUAUCUAUAGCUUAGGCCUGGUUCUUUGGGAAUUAUACACACGAUGCCACGAAUUUUUUCCACCCGAAGAAUCAAUGCCACCGCAUAAGCAACCGUACGAAGCCGAAGUUGGUAAAAUGCCAUCACUGGAACAAAUGCAAAUUCUUGUAUCGCGACAAAAGGUUCGGCCAAAAUUUUCAUGUGCAUGGAAACGAAAUGUAUCGGCAAAAAUUGCCAAAGAUACGUGCGAAGAUUGCUGGGAUCAUGAUCCCGAUGCACGCCUAACGGCUUUAUGUGUGGAAGAGCGAUUGCGGGAAAUUUCCACGCAUCGAUUACAAUCGCCGACUGUGGCAGAGAAUUCGUCAUUACUCGCAUUCAAACCGAAUACAAGCAUUCUACGGCCUAACAACGAAACAAUUCCCAUUCCGAAUGAACGGACGCUAGGCAGUACGUCGGACGACAUCAAAGUGUUCCGCAGCGGCGAUAAGUAUGACGAUAAGCACAAUAGUAAAAUUAUUCCGAAACUAUAUGGUUGGACGAGAAUUCGAUCGUUGCUAAACAAACGAAUGAAUCUGCAUUCAAAACGGAACGAUGAAAUGUCCAUUUUAACUGACGACAAUAAAUCAGUAGUGAAGCCAGGUGAAAGUCAACCGCCCACAUCGAUAUUUCAGCAAGUUGACAAUAAUCGUGUACAUAUAAAGACAAAGCAUUUGCCCCAGAUUCGUCCAAGGAAUUUAGAUUUAGCCCUGCCGCAUAUCAAUGCACCUGAUUCAACGUUGCUGCAGCCAGAAAUUGAAUACUCCAAUUCAUUUCGAAACUAUCAAAGCAUGUACAAACGGCCGCCGGGCACGGGAGAUUUUUCCAAUCAACAAUUCACAAUUAUCGAUGAAGCCGAACAGCACACAUUAUCGUCAUCAUCAUUAUCAAUGGCGGCAGCAGUGGCUUCGACGACAAAUCGGCUUAAGAAACCAACGGGUUUGGUUGAAUCAAAAUCGGCGAACGCUAUGAAAAGUUUACAGGGUUCCGAGCUAUAUCCGGAUGAAUGGCACAUGAAGCGACAACGAAGUCUGGAGGUGUUUCGUGAUGUGUUUGGUGUUAAAGGCAGCAUUGAACGUUUGCGUGAUCCAAGCGAACGAAUCAAAACCCCGGGCGAUGUACCAAAAUCGGUUCGCAAAGUGCGUGCAUCGAAAACGUUGUCAUUGUACGAUGAUCGCAUGAUGAAUGCAUCGUCAACGGGAAGCACACUUUAGCAUGAGGAGGUUCUGUUACUGGAACUGUAGAUCAAACACACAAAUCUGGUAACAGAUCAAACAUACAAAUAUCCAGGCGAUUCUAUGAGCUAGCCUUGGCAACGAAUUACACAAUUAAUUAGCACAAGCCAAAUCCUCCAAAAUUCAAUCGUAGUUCCCUUCGAUUAUAUCUCUGUUUCUUACCUGCAACUUUGCUUGAUGCUUGUUGCACAAACGUUUACAUAUUUAAUCAAAUACUCUUUAUAAAGGAGACAAAUAGAUUGGACAAUUCACUCUUUUCCACUGUACAAACAUAGUUUAGGAUGUUAAUUGAGACAAAAAGCAAACAAACAGACAGAAAAUCACUUUUAUCAGAAGAAAAAAACAUUUUUCAAAAAUGCAACCAUCAACAACGGGAACUAAAAUGCUAUCAACAGAUCAUUUCACUAUCAAAAAUAUCAUAAUUGUAUUUGAAUUUCGAUGUAAGAUUAUAUAGCUUUACUCCCAUAAAUAAAAGUAUUAUGAUUAAGAGGA